AAUUUACAAUUUACACAAUCGCAUUUGGAAGCAUCUCGAUUGUUCUGAUAUGGAUUCAUAAUCACAAAAUAUAAUUUUACGUAGAGCCUGUAUUAUAUUCUAAAUGAUAGAUAUUUUAAAGUGAAAUUUAUAGUUUAAAAAAAGUUAUUUUCGUUGCGAUUUAAAUUUUGAGAAUGUGUUUAUUUUCUUGCCGUUAACGUUGUUAGAAAUUCUUUUAGGACGAAAAUAUCACUAUGGAAGACGUUACAGUACCUUUAUAUUUGGAGCCAGUGCAGCAAAGAGAGGCUUGCGACAAAAGACUUUGGAUAGGCAAUUUGGAUCUUAGAGUUAAUGAGUAUCAAUUACUCAAAAUGGUCCGCGUGUAUGGCAACAUCGAGAAGUUUGAUAUGCUGUUCCACCGUAGCGGCCCAAAUGCUGGGCAGCCACGGGGUUUUGCUUUUGUCACAUAUAAGUUGAAACAAGAUGCAAUAAAUGCAAUGAAUUCAUUAAAUGGUCAGCUUCUCGGAAUGAAGAGGAUUUCAGUAAAGUUUGCCAAAAAUACAUCUGAUGACCAAGACAAGCCGAAACCUGAACUCGGAAUAGCGGCUCUAAGUGGAGUGAAAACUGAGCUUAAACUUAGCAAAAAAACAGCUAUUCAGUCUAUUGAAGCAAAGCUCAAGAUGAUGGAAAACAUGAAAGCAGGAGAUGAUUUUGUUAUUAAUAAGCUAGCAGCAAACGAGACACCAAUCAUUGCUCAAUAUCAAUCAAAGCAACAUCAGCCACCAAACAAAACUAUAACUUCUUUUAAAAGACGACAUCCUUAUCAUAAAAAGAGAUAAUUGUGUUAUUUAUUCACUAAUAAAAAACCUUAAUACGUAGGGAUUGCUUAUAGGUUUUUUAUUUGUGAAUAAUUAACAUUAUUCAAAAAAAUUCUUGUUAUUCUCGAAUAUUGCUUAAUAAGAACAACUUAACGAAAUAAAGGCUUUUCCAAUUACAUACUCAAUAGAAUUUAAGAUAUUGUAAUUGGGUUUUUAUACCCAAUGCAAUUAGUUUUAAAUAAUUUUAACUUAGUAAAUGUUUUCAAAUUUUGUAAGUUUUUUUUAAGUCUUAAGCCAGUUGUUGAAAUUUGUACAAAUGUUUGAGUGGAUUAGUUUAGCUCUUUUUAGUGAAUUGUGAUGUUUACAGUAUUUAAUUAUUUUUUAUAUUAGAAUAAUUCUGAUAUUAAUUAAAACACCCCUGGUGUUCGCUAGCUAGAUUUUCAAUGUGUAAAAUAAUAAUAUUUUGUGCCUGU